GCACGUAUCGUCAGUUUCAUAUCAGUAACGUAAAAUGGGUGUUCCCUUUACUCGGGAAAAAACCCAGCGUUUCGAUCUUUAGUUAAGCCCCUGCCUUAUAGACCCUGGUAUCGUAAAAACAAACGCACAUGCAAAAGGGUUCGAAAGCAACGAAACGAAACAGCUAAAUGCAAUAAACUGCAGUAUGCACCCGCACCCCGGAAAAAUCCCUCUGAAACGCUGCUGCAACAAGCUACAUCCUUGUCUAAAAUGGAGUUCGGGGAAUGGUUAGGCACGGCUUUCUAUUUGUUCGUCAUCCAUGCCUUGUCCAACUGUCAAGGCGAUCGCAACCAAACGCAAAAACAAGUCAAAGGCGUCAAACUCGGGAGAGGGAAAGAAAACCCAACGGUUCUAACUUCCUCAUCUCACCUUACCGCUUGUUGUCAAGGUGAAAAAAAGACAAUUUGCUAUGACUCAUCACAGUUUAUUUGUUGUAACGGAAAGCUGAAUCGGAGACGCGGCAUCGGGGAAAUCUACUGCUGUGAUAAAAGAUUGUAUGAUCCAUCUACAGCGAUAUGCUGCAAAGGGAGUUUACAAGGUAUAUCGAAGAGCAACGUGAACCCGAGAUGUUGCGGGAAGGUUGCGUACGAUGCUAACGAGCUCAUAUGUUGUCGCAAGACGCUGCGUAACAUGACACACGUGCAUGCAAAGUGCUGUGGUGACAAAGUAAUUGACGUCACUCGUCAGAUGUGUUGCUAUGGUAAUCCACAGCCGUCUACUGAAGGGAAAAGUAAAUGCUGUGGACGAAUUUCUUUUAACCCAAAACUAGAAAAAUGCUGCGACAGUAUAUUAAGCACAUACAGCUACAAUGCCCAGUGCUGUGGAAAUACUACUUACGACCCUACACGCCAAACUUGCUGUAACGGAACAAUCCAUAAAAAGCCCGGGCUGCCUUGCUGCGCACGCCAGACCUACAACACAGCGGAAAACAUUUGUUGUGGAGGAAGACUAGUUCCUAGAGAGAGCGCACCAGCCAACCACGCAUGCUGUGGGACUGACAUUUAUGACGUCACAACACAGUCGUGUUGCGGGAACAUCACGUUGUCAGCACUUAGGAGUCGCUGGCGUUGUUGUGGCAACAGUCCUUAUGACAGUUACUCUCAAAUGUGUUGCGGAGACACUUUGCAUCGCCGCUACAGUCGCCGCGACCGUUGCUGUGGCACGAUCUUAUACGACCCCUCCAUGAUCCGUUGUGAUGAUUUCUUCUACUCAAAAAUUUCCUUACUACAUGGACACAAAUGUGGAAACGUGGUAUAUAACCCAGACAAAGAAAUUUGCUGCGCCCCUGGUCACGUGUCCAAAAAGACGCAUGGGGAUUGGUCAAGAUGUUGUUCGAAUGAAGCUUUCAAUGCCCGCACUCACAUGUGCUGCAAUGGCGCUAUUGUCCCGAUCCCGCGAGGAAUCCCGCAGUGCUGUGGGAAACGCCCGUAUGACGUCACUAGGCAUCGAUGUGAGUGGCCAACAAAUGAUAUCGCGAGUCGCGCGGACUCACGCGUGUUGUACUGCGGGACGCAGAUGAAGGAGUUCGACUCGCGCGCAAAGCACUGCUGUGGGGGGAGCCUGUAUGACGUAGCUGAGCCCUGUUGUCAUGAUGGGGAUACUUGCUGUAACCGACAGCCUUUCAACAGGACAACACACAUCUGCUGUAACGGAAGCCUAGCUCACAGAGCCCGCGAUACCAAAUGCUGUGGGCGGUCAGCGUAUAACAGCUCGAGGCACGCGUGCUGUAGUGGUAGAGUUUACCCAGCAGGCUUUACGUGCUGUGGUGGUCUACUUUACCCUACUCAAGGGACCAGCCUCGCUCUGGGGAGAUGCUGCGGGGGACUGGGAUAUAAUCCCAAUACGCAAAUUUGCUGUGCGUCUCGAAUCUUCAACAGGGAGACCAACAAGACGAAAUGCUGCGGCAAUCGUACCUUCCUGCCGUCACGCAAUCUCACCUGCUGUCACGGUAGACUCGUUGUCACGCCAUACCGUAACGCAAUAUGCUGUGGAAGAAAGGCGUACGACCCGGCGUCUCAUACAUGCUGCCGCGCGCGCAUCCAUCCUGGGCGCAACCUCAGCUGCUGUGGCCGCAACGCGUACACGCCAGGCUUCGAGACCUGUUGCCGCAACAAACAUGCCUAUCCAAUCGCUACAUACGGGACGAAGUGUUGCGAGGACUUGGCGUAUGACCAAUCUGUCGCUAGCUGUGUUGCAGGACACUUGCAAAAGUUGCGCGCCACUUGUGCGAGGUUUGACGCAAGAACCCAUAUGUGUUGUGCUGGUCGUUUGCGCGCGAAGCGCCCUGGUUUUCUGUGUUGCGGAAAAAGAAAGUUCAACACUGCAAAGUCUUUGUGUUGCGGUGGAAUCGUCUUCUCCAGGAGAAGAUUUGUCUGUUGUGGAGAGAGAGGAAUCAGAGUUGAUCGCUACAGGUGCUGCGAGGGGAUGAGACCCCGAAAGAUUGGCAAGGCUUGCUGCAGUAGGAGGGAAUGUACACGCGAUGUAGUUGGUAUUCCGGAAGAGAUUUGCACAGAAGACGUUACAGUGUUCACGGGCAGCUUGUACGCAAUGCAGAAAAGCUCGUACAAGUUUCGUGUUGAGCAAAACUUCAAGGGAACAAGAUCAGGUCACGUGUUCCACACAAGCGUUGCCUCCAGCCCCGUCACCAUGACAACAGGGAAAAUAUACUUGGUGGUCGGACGGCCGGACGCAAUAGUGCCAAACAAACUGACCCUUCAAGGAAUACCAAUAAUAUGGAGUGCAAAAACAGAAGAAAUAUUGCAAAGAGAACUUGGAAAGUGCAUCUCGGCCCUGCAACCAGAUAUGAGAAUGCCAGUGAAAGGGGCCAGAGGAGGCUAAGACAGAGCGCACGUUCUGAUUGGGAUCCCUGUGGCUGGCUAUGAGGAAACAGGGGCUGAGGAGAGCAAACCCAAAGGAGAGGAUUUAGGCUGACGUCACAACAUGAACCACAGGAAACCCGAACCACCACAGGAAGACCGGAAAGAGCGCCAGUAAACUAGGAACUUGCAAUGUCUGAUAUCAGAAAAGAUUCAUAACGCCUUUGAAGAAAGGGAGAUCUAUUUGCCAAGUAAUCGUGAAUCUAAUUUAUACAAACUAGACCUUAAAAGAAAGGGUUGUUUACGGAACCCAGAUACAAAAUGGGGCACAAUCAUUCUUUUGGGUAUGAAUGUUUUACGGUGCCUUGACUGUAGGGUAGGGUAUGUUAUGUGUGUUCUUGGACUGGGUAGAUAUCGUUAUCCUGUUAAAUAAAGUUCAGGGGGGGGGGGCAAAUUCAAACCGAAAUAAACAGAAGACUGCGGCCUCCUAGCCAAAGAACGACGAAAAAAUAAAAUGUUUAAAUGAAAACAGACUCUAAAUUAUGAAUCACAUCCUCAAAGAAACUUCUAAUAAACACACUGCUUUCAAUAUUUUGAAAUGUUUUUCGCAUUUUCCGUUAAAAAUCAUCGGAUAUUGUUAUGUAAUCGACCGGAAGUAUACUGGUGACAAUGCGGCUUUAAAUGAAGGUUUGACACAAGUCACGUGACUUCUUAGCGCAAGUCCCCUAUAGAGGCCCAACUUAGGCCACAGGUAGCACGUCCCUCAUGAUCAGCAGGGAAACCACCCUUCUCCCCUGAUGGACUAGCAGCUGACUAAUAUUGUCUGAUGAUCAAAUAUUUCGGCAAAUACUCUGAUUAUCAUCAUAUUCUAGAAUUCUAUAAUUUUGUUGUAAUUUUUUUACGUGUAUAUAUAUUCUGUACAUAACUACGUAUCUAUGAUCAUUCAUGCGUCUGUCCUCUAAUAAAAAUCCACGGCUGAGGUCACAGUCUGUCAUGAACAAAAGUCACUCAACUUUUUCUUUUGUCAACGUUUUGUUCAUGAAAACGCUUUGACGUCAUCCAAGAUUUAUUAGAAGGCAGAAAAAAAUGAGAUAUAUUUGAACGAGCUUUAUGCUUUAUGAGCCAAUCACUGAUUUCGAAGUGAGAUAAUAUAAUAAUAUAAUAAUAAUCGUUUAUUCAUACUUUUGUAGCAUAAGCUAAAUUACAGUAUGUCGGCCGAUGCACACUACACUUAACAAUGUAUAAAUAAAUACUGGCAUAACUACU